CAGGUGCGACACAGAUGUUUGCCUGAUUGCUGGAGAGAAGAUGGCUCGAAAUACUUCCGCCUCCGCCGCCUCUGCGGUGGAGGCCCGACAGGCGUUCUUACAGCUUCUUAUGAGCCGCAAGGUCAUGACGCACAGUCAAGCAGCAAAUGCACUUGCCAUGAUUUCUGAGGAACUGAAUGUGCAAGACCAGCUUGAUGUUAAGUCCUGUCUGGCCAAUCUCAAUAAGGAACUGCAGAAUUGUAAUCUGCAGAUCCGGGGAAUGGUUCAUCAAGACUCGGAGGCCUACGCCGUCGUGAAUGUGCUGAGCGAUGAUGUGUCGAAAAUGCACGCGUCAAAAAUGAAGGACUGGGAGAAGGCCUAUUUCAAGGAGGUAAUCAAAGCCAUUUGCGGGCGCGGUGGGAAUUUUGUCGAGGACGAUGAACUGACAGCUCUCCGCGUACCGAUUGGGGGUACGGCAGCCUCCGUGCGGGAGAAAAGAUCGGUGCUCUCCCUUUUGAGUGCGGAGUUUUGGUUGCAGAGGGACAAGCACGGCCGUUUUGCCCUAGGCCCGCGCACUUUUCUUGAGCUGGACGAUUUCGUGCGAGCGCAUGAGAUGGAAAUGCCGCAGGUCCUUUACUAUUAGGGUCGAAAUGGCAUGCCACGAGUCAAAUUUCCGGAUUGGAUGUUUACCAAACAUCUCAACUGGGGGACUGUGAUUCUACUUUCAACAAGAAUGCGGGGGCGGAAAAUUAGAUUCGCCCCUCAAUUCUGCUGCCACCGAAAGCAAUCAAUGAAAGGCAUAUGAU